AUGAUGAUUGAUCAUGCGUUGAUCACUAGUUUAGUGGAGCGGUGGCGCCCCGAGACUCAUACAUUCCAUCUCCCCGUUGGGGAGACGACGAUUACCUUACAGGAUAUAGAGGUCCUGCGGGGCCUACCCACAGAUGGACCUCCAGUUACAGGGAUAGAUACGUCUCAUACCAUUGAGGAGUGGAAAAAUUUAUGUGAGGAGUUGCUUGGUUUCCCUCCAAUGAUGUCCGAUUUUGAUGGACAACGGCUCAAAUUGGGGUGUUUAUCUAGAGUAUUAGAUGUAGAGCUGCCAUCGGAUGCCCCGGAUGUCCAAUGUCGACAGCGGGCCCGCAUAUACCUACUUCUGCUGUUAGGGGGCCAUUUAUUGUCCGAUAAAUCCGGCAAUAAAGUCCCGCUAUUGUAUAUGCCAUUAUUACGAGACUUGGAAACUGUUGGACAAUACAGUUGGGGCAGUGCGGUUUUAGCGACUCUGUAUCGUUCAUUAUGUGCCGCAACAUCUCCCUUAAGAUCUUCUAUCGCCGGACCAUUAGUUUUGCUACAGCUAUGGGCGUGGGAACGGAUACCUACAAUGCGUCCUGAUCGAGUGCAACCGUUAGAGCACUAUCCUGGUCCAUAUGGAGCUCGGUGGAAUGUUCAAUUAGAUCUACACAGAGUAGCGAGACAUGUUGUGUCCAUAUUUCGAGAUCAGUUGACAGGCCUACGUGAUCUUCAGUUCAUAUGGCAGCCAUAUUCGGAGGAUGUGCUUGCUUCUCUGCCUGCAUAUUGUACAGCUGGACGCGCUAUUUGGAGAUCUGUCACAUAUCUAAUAUGUUGGGGAGUUGUCGAGCCACAUCUUCCGUAUCGCGUCAUGAGACAGUUUGGAUAUCAUCAGUCUGUGCCUGAUAUGAGAUUGACCAAAAAUCAAGCAGCACUACAUUCUUUGGAUCGUCGUGGCAAGGGGAAUCAGAACUGGAUAACUACACAUGGAGCAUACAUUGAUGUGUGGACUGAUCGCCAUUCUCAUGUGGAAGACGGUGUUGUAGCUGAAGAUCCCAGAUAUCCGUCCGAUGAGUAUCGUCAGUGGUAUCGCGAGCGGACAGUGCUGUAUGUUUCAAAUCCUACUAGGCAGCUCGCUUUCCCGGAGGGCUUUCAAGGUGAUAGCGCCAGAGCUCAAUAUCUGGUGUAUUACAUGGCAGAGACCUCUGUAAUACAGAGUGACGAACAACACGCGAAUUAUUUUAAUGCAAUGAAGGACUUUGCAUCCAUGACAUUGGAAACUCAUGGUGGUGGACGGCGUCGUAGAUUCCGAUCACCAGAACCCACCGUCCAAACUGGAUUUGCUACUAGCUCACAGGCUACUGAGCAUCCAUGCACCUCUACGGGACCUAUUGCUCAUUCUAGGUCCCCAGUGUCUAUGGCGGAGUUCACGACCAAUACAGACUUACAUCACGGCAGUGGUGAACAACAUGUGGGAGGUAUAGAUGCAGGCCAAGGUACCCAAGCACUAGAUGCCAGACUUGAGUCACAAAUUACUCAAGUCGAUAUAGUGAUGCCAGCCCAGCCACGUCGAACACAAAGAGUACACAAACCUCGAGGAUGUGGCACUCAUGGAAAACUUGGACAUCACUGA